UGAACUAGGUGAACUAAGUGAACAUUUCUCCAGUAAUUAGUAGACCUUACCUUUGUUGCCAGCCCAACCAUAACACAAGGUCACAAACGUACACAAUUGAUGGCGGCUCUCAGGAGAUUCGCCGGAAAAGGCGAUACUACAUCAAUCCCUUCUCUUUUCAGUUCCUGCCGCGGCAUAGCCACCAAGCUCUUCGUCGGAGGACUGUCAUUUUGCGCGACGGAUAAAGGAUUAACAGAAGCCUUUUCUCAAUAUGGUCAAGUAGUUGAAGCUACAAUUAUACAUGACAGAGUCUCAGACAAAUCGAAAGGUUUCGGGUUUGUUACUUUUGCGUCCGACGAUGAAGCCCAUAAAGCUCUGACUGAGAUGAAUGGAAAGCCACUGAAUGGAAGGGUUAUCUAUGUGGAUUAUGCAAAGCCUAGUCGAACUAGUUUUGCUCGUGAAAUGCCCAUUGCCAGAGGACCUCCUGAACCAUCCGAAAUAAUCAAAGAAUCCCCGCCAGCGAAUAUCAGUUAAAGGUGGUCUAUUAAUCUUGUUAUCAUGAAAAUUGAUUAAUUUGAUCGCGUCUUUUGCGCCAGAAUUCCCAAGUGGAUAUCAGUAUUCCUUAUAGUUAGAUAUAGAUAGUGGCUUUAGACUUUAGGUAUCGGUUAUUCAAGUCAUCUUUCUAUACUAAAAUGGAGUGCACAUAGUCGAAGCUCAUGUCAUGUAUUUUGACCUGAUUUUUACAUGUUUUACGGACAACAUUGCAUAUGAAUGAUUUAUGAAUAAUUUUCGCUUCCUAGCA